UCUCUCCUCCUCUGCUCCUCUUCAUCAUCAUCCUCCUCCUACUACCAGUACCAGAAAAGGAAACAUUCUAUCGUAAUCAAUUUUCUUGAUUAGCCUUAACUCAUUAAUCAAGUUGCUACGGUUCAGUCGUUCAGGAUUCACGGUAUAGUUCCGUCCGAAGAUUUACCAACCACCUAUUCGGUUUACUUUAAGUUCUGCAUUUCCUACUUGGCAACUUUCAGUUGGAAGGAAAAGUAGUUAUUUCUGUUAACUAUUUCUUCCAUUCUUAUAUUUCUUAUUGUCAUGGACUUUUUAAAAGAAAUGGAAGGAAAAAGAGUUCAUGAUCCGUUUGGUAAGAACACGAUAAAAAAUGUGAGACAUGUCUGUGUACCAGGUCCGGUGAUCGUCGGUGCCGGACCGUCUGGUCUUGCUGCAGCAGCUUGUCUAAGUGACAGAGGUGUUCCUAGCGUUAUCAUAGAGCGGUCUAACUGCAUAGCUUCUUUGUGGCAGCUAAAAUCUUACACACGUCUUCGUCUUCAUCUUCCGAAAGAAUUUUGUGAGCUACCUCUCAUGCCAUUUCCAGCGGAAUUUCCAACUUACCCAUCAAAACAGCAAUUUGUCGACUAUUUGGAAACGUAUACCAAAAAGUUUGAUCUAAAACCACAUUUCAACGAAAGCGUGGAUUGUGCUGAAUACGAUCACAGUCUCGGGUUAUGGCGAGUAAAGACUAAAGGGUCGCAUAAUGAGGAAAUGGAAUACGUAACUAGAUGGUUAAUAGUGGCCACCGGAGAGAAUGCCGAAGAGAUUGUACCGGUGAUUGCAGGAAUGGAUGAAUUUGAAGGACCAAUUGUCCAUACCAGCGUGUAUAAAAGCGGCAAUGUAUUUCGUGGCAAAAGAGUAUUAGUUGUUGGUUGUGGAAAUUCAGGAAUGGAAGUUUGUUUGGAUCUCUGCAACUCUGAUGCCAGUCCUUCUCUUGUAGUCAGAAAUAAGGCGCACAUCUUGCCAAGAGAGAUGCUUGGGGUAUCAACUUUUGGGUUGUCAAUGUGGUUGCUCAAGUGGCUUCACGUACGUUAUGUCGAUCAACUCUUACUAUUCCUGUCUUGGUUCUUCCUUGGUGACACAUCCCGACUCGGCCUCGACCGACCUAAAAUCGGUCCGAUCGAACUGAAGAUGGCGACCGGAAAAACACCCGUAUUAGAUGUUGGAACUUUAGCUGAAAUCAGAUCCGGUUCUAUCAAGGUAUGCCCAGGCAUAAAUCAAAUCUCCACUCAUAAGGUGCACUUUGUCAAUGGGAGAGCUGAAGAUUUUGAUGCUAUAAUUUUAGCCACCGGAUACAAAAGCAAUGUACCAUCUUGGCUAAAGGAUACAAAUUUGUUUUCAGAGAAAGAUGGUUUACCGAAAAAGCCGUUUCCGAAUGGAUGGAAAGGCGAGUACGGGCUCUACUCAGUAGGGUUCACCAAACGUGGGUUACUUGGUACGUCGAUGGAUGCAAAGAAAAUUGCUCAAGAUAUUGAACUUUUAUGGAAAGCCGAUUCGAAGCAUUAUUUAUCGGCGCUUUUUUACUCGCCAUCAUUGUCACCGCCACCGCCACCAUCAUUAGGACAUUAAUUGAGUAAAGAAUCGGUGAAAUACAUUUUGAUUGAUUGAUUUGGAUACGUUUGAAGUGGUUUUGAAAAAAGGAUUAGAUGAUUCUUUUUAGCUUUAAUCAUAUAUAUAUAUAUAUAUAUAAAUAGCUAGGGAAAAUGAAAAGGCAUAAAGGAAGUGACAAAAAGAUUGUUGUAUUGAGAAGGUAUCACUUAUUUGUACAUUUCUUGUACAUUUUUGACAUUUUUCUCGAUUUAGAGAAUAUUUCAUAGAUUGAGUGAGACAAAGAGAAAGAAAAAUUGAAGAUACGUAGCUAGAUUAGGGUAUUAGAAAUGGUGAAAUGGUCAUUGUGUUAAUUUUAACCUAUACUCAAUUUA